UACUGUGUACACUGUACUUUCAGUCUGCUCCCAGUCUGCUGUUUGCACGACGCAGCAUUGCGAUAUUUUUGUAAUCUAAGUUUUAUUAUAGAAACUACAUAAACAAGAAAUUAUAAAAACGUUAUUAAUUCUGAACAAAUCAGGAACAUGCCUCGAUUAAAUUUGCAUCCGUCAUCUGGAACAGGUAUUAAUACACCGUUCGCCAAAGCAAUACGGUUUGCUCGUUAUGGCUGCACCAACAGACCAUUCUAUCACAUCGUUCUAAUGGACGUAAAAAAAGAUCCAAGAAGACCACCGAUAGAACAACUCGGUACCUAUGACCCCAUUCCAAACGUGUACAAUGAGAGAUUAGUGUCCUUCAAUUAUGAGAGAAUACAGUAUUGGCUUGCUCAAGGAGCGCAGAUAUCCAAACCUAUUGCAAAUUUAUUAGGACUCGCUGGAUUUUUUCCCGUACAUCCGAGAACGUAUCUGAAAGCAUGGAGAAACCGCAAAAUUGCUAGGGAAAACGUUGCCAAAGAAAGCAUACCUCAAGAAAAUACAGUGGCAUCUGGAAGUUAAGAUCGAGUUCUUAUGUGACAAAGUUUUUUGUACAUACUUUGCAAUUUAUUAAUAAAGUUAUCACCAAGUAGUUAUUACAAGAAGGUAUAUAAUAAUAA